AUGGCCGCAAAACAAAUCGAGAAAGCAAUUUCGCACUUUAAAGAGCUUGAUAAAGAACAACGCAAACUCUUUUUAGAGGGUUUAGUUGAAGAAUGCAAUCCACAGGAAAUCUAUACCUUGCAACAAAUUUUGCAGGACAAGUGUUGUAACAGGUUUGAUAUCGUCAGCGCUUUACCGCUUGAACUGUCGAUCAAAAUUUUCAAACAACUUGAUGGUAAAGAUUUAUGCAAUUGCCGUGAGGUUAGCCAUAGAUGGAAAAAUAUCACACAGGAUUCCACUAUUUGGAAAACAAAGUGCUUGGAGAUAUUAAUGCUUGAUCAGAGACUUGAAGUAGCGAAAGAAAAAGAGUCAUCAAAUGAAGACUGGGAAUAUUUCUAUCGCAAAUUAUAUCGUAAGGAAAUCAACUGGAAAAAUGGGAAAGCACAGAGAAUCAAAUUUCUCAAGGGUCAUAAAGAUCGCGUGAAUGAUGCAAAACUAAAAGAUAACACACUGGUCACGGGCUCAGCGGAUAGAACGGUACGCAUAUGGGAUCUUGAAACUGGUCAAUGUAAACUUACAUUGAAUGGAAAUGUAUUUAGUUGUGUGGAUUUUCUACCAACCGAAAAAAUUGUUGCAGCAUCAACCUACUUCCGCUCUUCUUUUAUCUGGAAUAUGGAAACAGGUGAAUUGUUAAAUGAGUUAAGGGGUCAUGUUAGCGCUGUAAGAUGCAUCAGUCUUUCCGAAUCGUUCAUUGCAUCCUGUGCCUUUGAUGGCAGUGUGAUCGUUUGGAACUGGAAGUUGGGAGAAAAAAUAGUAACGAUACCAGCGGAUGCGAGUCUGGUUCGGAUAUUUGACACCACAGUUCUAGCGUUGUGCGGAAAAGAUAUUAAGGCUUUCGAUCUGUUAUGCGGGGAUUGUAUUUUUUCAGCUACUUUUGAAACUGGAUUAUUGGGCUGGUCAUACAUUCAGAAGUAUCUAUCAACUAUGCCAUCCAUCGAUGAACUCCAAGAACGGAUCUUAGAAUUACCAAAUAUAAUAAACAGAAUUGGUCACGGUCCCAUAUCUCGUGCGCAUGAUUUUGAUACACGAAGAGGGAGACUAGUAAGCGCGGAUAUAGGUGCCUUUAAUUUGCUUCUUUUCAAUGAAGAAACAAGGUCAACAGUGAUUGAGUAUCCUUGUAAAGAUCUCGAUGGUCAUAGUUUUCACAAGGAAAAAAUUGGAACCGUGAAUAUUGAUCAUUAUCGUAUAAUAGUAGGGUAUCAAAGCGGUCUAAUAGCUAUCUUAGAAUUUGAUUAG